AUUUUGGGACAUUUAGGUUAACAUGGCGGCCCCCAUGAAAUAAACAAAUUAUGGACCUGCAAACCUCAAAUUAAUGCAAAAAUGCCCGAUGACACCGAUGACGAACGGAAAUUGAACGUAAAAAAUAAUCAUCAUCGAGGAAAAGAGUUAAGAAAUCAGCGCGCUCAAAAUGACCCAUGCUUACUGGUCAGUUGAGUUGAGUCAUUUAUAUUCAGUAAGCGUAGCUAGGGAGUGGAGUAGUAUCAGAUUGAGCAGCUGCAGAGUGGUAAAUAAACGUACCGGUUGGCUAACAGAUUUAAAAAAAAAUAAUAAUAAUAAAAUGAAUGAUCUACUCGCAUAAUAUGUUCACAGUCUUCCAUAUAUAAAUGCUUUGGCACUAUUAUACACCACUUAUUGAGAGGUUUUCAGAAUUGUAAAAGGAAAUGACCUUGUCAUUGUCAUCCUCGGUAUUGAUCAUUCACAUUGAAUUUGAAUUCAUUGAUGAAUUUGGAGAUCACUGAGUCUGAGAAACUGAGUGAGAGUGUGAUACUGAUACUUGCAAAAAUGUUUGUGAUUUAUGAGGAAGUUUAAGUGGGUAAAAUAAAAAUUGAAUUACAGAUUAAAUGUGUUAGUAUUGCCAAAUAAAUUUAAAUAAAUGUUGUUUUAGUUUCCUGAUGUCUAGUCUAUUCUAUUAAGUCUAUUGUCUAUUGCCACCUGUUAUUGUUAAAACUUUAAAUUAAUUAUUAGUGUAUUAUUCCACAUGCCUACCUGCUACUGUUAUAUUUUAAAUUAUAUUAAAAAUUUCUACUGGUACAAGUAGGUAGUCCAAACUGAAAUUAACUAUAAAUUAUAAUAAAUAGCAGACAUUUGUGGAGGGUUUCACCUGAUUCUGAUGGAACUUUUUAUACCGAUACUAAUACUAAGAUAUGCUACAAUUAUUUUAUGAAAAUACUGGUAUCUAAAUAAAAAUGUGACAAGAUUUUAAGACUUAGUAAAACUGAAAAAAAAAAUGAUUUUCCUCAUUUUGAAAAAGGGCCUUUUUAAGGACCUAUAUUUUCUAAAAUAAUUCACAGAGAAGUCCAGGAAUUGAUGUAUUUGCUCCAACGUUCAUAAUAUUUAAGCCCAAUCAUAUUUAUCGCAGCUAAAAUCAUUUAUUCAAAAGUUUAAAAAAUAAAAAUAAAGCUUUUUAGUUGUUAAUAUUUUCCAACAUAAAAAGUGUAAAAAAAUACAAUUUAAAAAUAGGAGCCAGAAUGAUCAAUUAAUCAAUUCAUUGAUCAUGGGCCCUCAAAGUAUAAAAGAAGAAGAAGAACAUUCAUAGAUGUUAAGACUCAAGAAUAAGAAAAAUGGGGGAGUCCAAUGUCAUUAGGCCUGAUAAAUGAGGUAGGUAGUAGUACUAGUACAUCUAAGAUGAAAUGAUAUUGAAAAUUUUUUAAUUUGAAGUAAGUUUUAUUAAAUUUUAAUAAAUUAUUCACAACCUCACUAUCAAGAUAAGCUAACAAAUUUUUUUUCAAUUAUCUUGUGUUGUAUAAUGUUUGAUUCCCUUCAAAGCCUCUUACCCCAGAUAAUAAUUGGCGAAGGUCCACCUACUUACAGUCUCGUCGGCAGUCAAUUUUAUUUUCUUGAUUGGACAGAAAUCCCCUAUAAAAUCAAUAAUAGGACCUUGUUUUAAUUUUAUAUAAUACUGGUACAAGAAUAUAUCAAACAUUAUUAUGUCUGCAACAUGUCUUAUCAACUUUUUUUAUUGCUAGACUAGUGCUAGACUGUCCUCAACUAAAUACGUUUAUCCCAGCCUAGUUCACAAUGGUUCAGUAUUAUUAUAUAUCUAAUUUCUAACACAAAUUAAGUAAAACUCAAUUUUAAUCAACAUUUUAAUUUAUUAAUACAUUAUAUGAAACUUGAAUUCUACCACUUACUGUUGAUCAAAGACUCAAACAUGGUUAAAAAGCUCCCUCAUGACACAGGCUCAGGUAGUAGUUACCGCAUAGGCGUCGGCUGGCUAGUGCUAGUGUGAUAUCAAAUGGUUAAAAACCUGAACUUUCCAAUGGUGAAGAGAAAGUACUAAAAUCUUGGUGUUUUGACACAUUUUUCUUGUACAUAAGUUUUCAACCGGCUUUUUCUAAAUAAAAUAAGCUAGAUAGAUAGACUUUCUAUAGAUUAAACCAAAUAUCAGCAUCUGCUCUUUCUUAUGGUUGUAGAAUUUUCCUUAAAUAGGCUUUAAGACGCUAGCAAAAACGCUGUAAAAGCUGUCAAAACUGAUACUUUUCAAACACACACAAUACAUGAAUACAUUUUCAAACACAUGUUAAAAGACAUUGAAGUAAAAUAUUUUGCCAGAAAAAGACUUAAACUUUAUUCACAUAUAAUAUACAUUUUAUUCCUGUAUUGUCACACUGAGAUAGUGUGAUUGGGUUAUGUGUUUUUUUUAAAUAAUUUUGUCAGUGAUCAUUAAUGUUUUUCAUUUGGAAAUUCCCCAUGUAUUGCACCACUUAGACUCAGUCAUGAAUGCGCUUCAAGGCAUUUCCUGUGUGGUGCCAUAUUAUGAGCACAAGAAGACAUUCUUUAGGGAGUGAGUGAGUGAAUUUUAUAGAGCUGGGUACAUUUUGGCUAGUGGACAGAAGUUUUCAUUAAUAUGUUGUGAACGCCAUUAAUAUUGGUUUGUGUUUAUUUUGUAAAUAAUUAAAGAAUAUUUGUUUGAUCAACCAACUCAUUAAUUCUUUGAAGGAGAGAGAAAUGGAGUUUUAGACUCUGAUAUUAUUUUCUGUGGCGGUUCGGAGGGGCCCUACCCCUAGACGACAUUUCGCCACAUGUAAUAUUACAAGAAGUGGUUUAAUUGUAUUUUUUGAAAAAUUACCCUGAAAUGCAUUUUUUCUCAAGUAUUAAAUACCGGUACCUACUAUUUUUACUAUUGUUCUCCCUUCCCACCAUUCCAGUUUAUGUAAGACUUAUCAAACAAAAAAUCGAUUUGAAAAAUCUUUAUUAUACAGUGAUAAUAUCUCCUGUUGUAUUAUCCAGGAAAAUGAAAUGGCUAUGAGAUGCCUUGAUGAAAAUGCCUAUGACAGGGAGAAAUGCCGAGAUUUUUUCAAGAAUUACAAAAACUGUAGAAAGUUUUGGGUAAGUGGCUAAUCUGUCUUUAAGAUUAAUUCAUUGCCUCCUGAAUUAGUCUUGUAUAACUUAUAUUGAAUCCAUUUGUUUUAUCAACAGUGUUAUCUAUCCCAUUUGUUUUAUCAGCAUUGACCGCUAUCAGUUACUAGCUGACUCUCAUUACUAUUUUGGAUCUUUGAGAUUGCAUUACUACUUUCAUGGUAGAGAGAGCACACAACAGGAGGAUGAAAUGAUCUCCUUUCAGAGACAAUGUAAAUCCACCAGGACACCACCCUCGGAUCAGUCGAAAGCUUUAGAUCUCUACAUCAGUAGUACUAACCAUCAUCUCAACAAUUUCUCUCUCCUUAAACUUCGACAUUCCAACCUCUCUAAACAAGAAUCUCAAGCGCUGUCUAUGUUACGUAAACGUAACGACAUUAUAAUUAAACAUGCUGAUAAGGGCGGUGCUGUCAUUGUUGCUUGCCCCACUGAACACAUUUCAGAAUUUCUAGAUGGGGUCUUUCAGUCCUUUGUUACCUCUUUAUCAUGCUUUAACUUUAAUAACUUUUAAUUCCCUAAACAUUAUCCCUGAUACAAAACACUUACUUUUUUUACUUGAUGUCUGCUCCUUAUACACAUCAAUUCCACAUGUAGAUGGUCUUAGAACUUUGAGAUUUUUUCUUGAAAAUAAACCACACUCCUCUAUCUCCACUGGCACUAUUAUCAGAUGGCCGAAAUGGUACUCACCCUCAACUCCUUUGAAUUUAAUGGCCAUUUUUUUACCACAUUAGUGGCAUAGCCAUGGGCACAAAAAUGGGACCUAGUUAUGCUUGCCUAUUUAUGGGUCAUUUUGAAUAUAUGGUAGAGAAAGCAUAUUCUGGCUGUAUCAAUGAAUUUUAUAAAAGAUACAUUGAUGACGGCAUUGGCAUCACGACCAUGGAAACUAAUGAACUUCAAAAAUUUAUAGAUUUCUUAAACACAUUUCAUCCAUCCAUAAAAUUUACUUCCCAAAUCUCUGGACAUUCUGUCAACUUUCUUGAUAUCAAGAUAACAUUGAAAGAAAUUGGAUUGAUCACAUCUGCCUACAACAAACCCACUAACUGUCAUAGUUACCUAUUGUAUUCAUCCUCCCACCCCAAAUCAUCCAAAGACUCUUUACCCAUCUCACAACUUCUUAGACUGUUGCUUGAUGAAGACUUUUUAGAAAAAACUGAUAAAAUGAUGGAUUUCUUCUGCUCCAGAUGUUAUCCUGAAACUACUCUUAUCUCGGCAUUCAAUCGUAUCAGCACUAUCACACGGAAAGGCCCUUUUAAACCUCACCAUAACAAAAAUGAGGAUGAACCAAACUCAUACUAACCCUCACAAUUUUACAGCCAAAAAAAUAUUCAUAAAGAAUUGUAACAUAUGUCGAGUAUGAGCAUUCAUUAAUAAUUGUUGCGACUGAAUAUUAUGUUCAUUAGUUGUUGAACGCUUUUCCCGCGCUUGACUCUUAUAGUUAUUGAACGCUCUUCCUGCCAUUGUCUCUAUGACGUAUUUUUAUGCUGAUUCGUGACGUAUUGUCUAUGCAGUAUUGUGAUGUAUGUUUUAGUCGUGCGGCAGUCUUGAGUGGAACUUUGGAGUGAUAGGAUGUGUACGGUAUUAUUUAGGUCUGAUAGCGAGCUGCGCUAUAUUCAGGUGUUAUGUGUAUUAUAUUUACUUAGUCAUUAAAGUUGAGUUCGUUCAAUGAUAGUAGGAAUAGUACGACGAUUUCAACGUGUGAAAAGAACUUGACGAAUGUAAUCAAUCCAAGAAGACUGUAGGAGUUGACAACAUACUUCUCUCACAAUUUUACAGCCAAAAAAAAUAUUCAUAAAGAAUUGUAACAUACUUCUUGAUGACCCCGACAUUAACAGGGUAUUCUCAGCCCCUCCACUGAUUGUCUUCAGACGGGACAGAAAUCUAGGUGACCUUCUGGUUCAUGGUCGCUGAGCUGACCCAUCUUACUUUUGAACUAAACCAUGCUCAAGAAGCCGAUGUAGAACUUGUUCCUAUACACUCCAAACAAAAAAACAUUAGCCUCCCUAAAGGUACCUUUACAAUCAAAGAGGGUUUCACAUGGGUCAGUCGUAAUGUGAUACAGCGAUUGUGUGCCGUAGAUGAGAUCCUAGUUAUAUAGGCGAAACUGGGAGGAGAUGGGCAGAUAGGUUCACAGAACAUCUCCGGGAUAUUGAACAAGGUAAACUUUCCCAUCUCUUCACACUUCAACAGAGAGCAACAUAAAGGUGAAUUGGAUAUAUUCAUUAUGGCACUUAUUUCUUGCACAAACACCACAAAGAGAGUUAAAAUGGAAAACAAAUUUAUUCAGCUUUUCGCACCAUAUCUCUACAUGGUAUGAAUCAAAUACUCUCCUACUAAGGUCUCUCACUUUCCCUGUAUUUCUUCUUUCCUUUUUCCUUAGAUUUUAAGUAUCCCUAAAUAUUUUGGUCCGUUAAGAUUCUCUCCCUUAUUUUUCACAGUACCAAUAUUUAUAUUCUUUCACUUCCUGUAAUCCUACUUCCGGCAACUACAUAGAAUACCUCCAUAGUUUUUUACUGGGCUUUGUUACUUGUUCUACUUCUAUUUGUUUUGUUUGAUGAUGAAGGCUCUAAGCCGAGACGUACAAAUCUUUUGUCCUGUCUAUUUAUUCAAGUUUAGCAUAACCUUGUUCUUAUAUUUUAUCUAUCCAAAGAAGUUUUAAGAAUGCUUUAUUUUUAUAUAUUUAUUUCAGUCUUGGAUUGUUUCUCAGAGAAAAAAGCAAGGUAUAGAGCCAAAUCUGCCUCCACCCGAAGAAAGGGAUCAAGUUAAGAAAGACUACCUUCCAAUGUUGUUAACAAAAUCUUAACAAAAAUUGUUGGUAGAAUGCUUGAUUUGCAUAUUAGUAUAAUAAUGUGUCCAGUGACAUAAGGUAAAUAUGGCAUCAAUUACAUGAUCCCAGUUAUUUGAAACUGUUUCAUUUGUUUAAAAAUGUGAAUCUUCUACCAUUUUGGUCUGCCCAAUUAAUGCAGACUCAGAUAAUUACUUUUGUUGUGCUACAUUUGCUAAUAGGUUGUUCCACUGCUUGUAUAGAUUUAAAAUAUGAGAAUGAGACUGAAUUUUUCUAUAAAUUAAAGUAUUAUUAAAUAUUGUUUUCAUAAAUACAAUAACACAAUGUUGACUUAUUGACUAUCUUUCCUCUUGUACUAUUCAGUAUAGUCCACUUUUAUUGUUUGAUGAAGUAUUACAAUUUGUGUGUGUGUGUGUGCAUGAAAUGAAAAGAACAUUCUUGAUUUCAUGUACCAGCAGUUUUUAUUUAUUUUUUUGUUUCAAUAUAUGCUCUUUAACAAUCUCUACAAGUUUGUGUUCUUUGAGAUAUGUAACUGCAAGAACCAUCAGUAAGCAAAGACUUGUUAUUCCAAUGUGGAUUAGCUUUUGCUGUACACUGGAACUCUCCGUACAAAAUGAAAUCUAUGGAGAUAAUAAUUUUUUUUUAAAAUUUUAACUUUAAAAAAAUCCUUGAUAACUAAACUGCAAAGUAAAGCUGAAAAAGCGAGGCUAAAAAUCAUAUACCAAAUAGAUUAAAAGUAUGGGAAAAUGUGUGUUUAAAGAACACAUAUGCCUAUCCCAGAUCCCAAAGACCCUAUGAAUUCCCCCAAGAUACUCUUAGAAUGGAACAUGUCAUAAUUAUCACCUGUGCACAAAUUAACUCCACAACUUAAAAACUCAUAAAAUUAGACUGAAAACUCUAAAUGAGACAGUAACACACCAUUUAAUUCACUGCCCAGCACCAAACUUUUUAUCAUCUACCAGAAUAUAUUUUAACACCUUUUAUAAUUUAUACUUUAUGCAAAGAAACUGUGGACUGCACAUUUUUUACUAUGGCCAAAGGGCACCUACCCAUACUGGAUCAGAAUGAUAAACUUGUGCAAAGAAAACUAUCAAUAAUGAGACUUAUUUAUAAAAUUUAUUAUAAUAAAAUUAUUUACCUGAGAAACUGAUGUGACCAAAAGUGAAGCAAGCAAUGCAGAUAUCACAGGUAAAGCAGGCACAAUGUUGCUUAGUGGAUUAUGCUCAGAUUUUCCAAAGUAGCCAGUUAUGAAGUACAUGCUGGAACACAAUUUUUGUAAUUUAUUACCGUACAAAAAUCAGAUGCUGGCUCUAGCUUUUAAAGCUAUAUCUGUUCAAGAUAUUUAAGUGGAACAAAUAGAAUGCUCACGAAUAUAAUUUAUAACCUGUAUCAGUAAUAAAACUAUUUGUUUACGUGUAACUAUAAAUAUAAAUGUACUUUUUGAUAAUGAUCAGUUGUCUCAAUAUUUGUACAUUUAAAUGUGGCUUGAGUAUAUCAAGUACUGGCAUAAGCAUAGAAAGUCUCAUUAAACAUAAUUGUUUACUUCAUUAAUUAAUGUUGCUGCAAUUCCCAUACAAAAUUGUAAGUUAUUUAUUGUAAUAGGUUUAAAUUAUGGUCUUUAAAUUUUAUCUACCAGUACCCAGUGG